AAUCGGAAUCGAAUAAAAUGUUUUUCUUUGGCCGGUGCGUCCGGUUGAACUGGAAAUCGGUCGUAUUUUUGAUGAUGUCGAUGAUCCUGUCGCACAUUCGCAUCACACAGUCAUCUGUAAAUUCCAACAAUCCUGAGGUAACGCCGACAAAGCUAGAGAAAACCAGUUCGGACACGGACCGGGCCGCCGUCACCAUCAACUCUGGCGCGAAAGCAUCCAGCGAUACGAGUCACUGCCCGAAUGACACACUCUGCACCGAUUUGCCCAACUCCUGUCUGCAGUGCACCUACGUGCCGCAGUGUCUGUACGGAUCCGAGGUGAUCGUUAGCUGCGUCCCGAAGACGGCCGUGAACUGCCACAUGGACUGGGCCCCGAACGGGCAGAACGAAAUCAAACGGCCGAUGGUGUGCCGGUAUUGUUACCAAACCGAGCGCUGGGAGCAGAGCUGUGAGCAGAAGGGAGGCUGCAACUCGAUCGAUUCCCAGUUCAAAACCAACUGCACCGUACACCCGGAGAUACUGUGUAUGGGCCACAGGACAUUCACGAAAAAGGUGCCCUGCAACUGGACCCAGGGCUACCGAUGGUCGACGACGCUCAUGCUCAGCAUCACGCUCGGUGGCUUCGGGGUGGACCGGUUCUUUCUGGGCCACUGGCAGGAGGGUAUCGGUAAGCUGUUCAGCUUCGGUGGGCUGGGCGUUUGGACGUUGAUCGAUGUACUGCUGAUCUCGCUGCACUAUCUCGGCCCGGCCGAUGGCUCGCUCUACAUAUAGAAUGUUUAUCGUGCAACAAAAAUUGUGAUACGUGUUAG